UUCGAUGUAAUCUGCUGGGUGUAUGGUAAUGUACAGCUGGGACACGUGCUACAGGAUAAUCAGUCAUCACUUACACCACCACACUCUACCUUUACCUGUGUUCGCGCUCUCUACCUGACGGCUGCAUGGCUGGGUGGCGGCUCCAUCCCCGUGGCAACAACAUCCUCGCGGUCGACGCCGACUACCAUGUCUGGAGUCCUCACACGGCGGCGAACGAACGACGGUGGAGUAACCGUGCGCUACACGCCGUGCGCCAAGUCUGAGCGGACCGACCUUGACCUGCCGGCCCCGGAAGAGGAAGACGAAGAAGACGAACACGACGCCAUCUCCAUCCUCUCUCCUGCCGACGAUGGUGGUGGAGGCGGCGGCCUGCAGGAGGGGGGACCAGGGCGGGUGCCAGCGCCAUCCAGCAACUUUUCUGUCGUCGCAGCAGGCGGCGGUGGAAGUGGAGGAAGCUGCAGCAGCAGCGGAAGUAGCGGCAGCGGCAGUAGACGACGUGCUGCAGGAUACCGCGUGGGCAUAGCCAACCGAGCGGUCGCCGGGGACGGCUUUGAGGACUACAUCGAGGAUUUCGAUGGUGCCAGCGACAGUCGCUUACGACAGGAAUCUCUUGUCGCUGCUCAGGGUCAAGUACCAGGAGUCGAUUUCGAGCUGACGGAAUCCCGACCUUUGCACUCGGAAGGGGUUGUUGCGUCUGUUUGUGGUGUAGGGAAGCGAGAACCGAUCGAGAAGGAGGAUUCAACAAAAGUAGGGAACGACUUAGCGGGAAACAGAGCCACUAGUGCUAGUUCUGAAUCGACCUCCGCAGGACCCUCGACUGUGGCGUUUGGAGCCUGUUCCAGCAGUCAGACCCCCACCGCGAACGGACCCCGUCACCUGCCGGGGUUGGACCUCUUCCCAGGGGUCUCUGACCGCACAAAGCUGAUCGGAGAGCGGUUGAGUUCCGCGGACAAGAUCUCGCUGUCCUCGCCUAUCUAUUCCAACAAGGUUGUCGAGCAGCGGUCCAAGUCUCAGUCCCGGCAAAGCCUGCUGGAGGUCUUCAGCAACAAGCUGGAUCGCGUCAAGAACCGCAAGCGCUUCUCAAUAGCGCAGGGCUCUCUGCUGAAGAAGCCCAGACUCAGUGAGGCGAACAUCAACAUCAACCGGGUUCAACGGCGGCAACGCCGGAAGGACAUCGAGGAGAAAUUUGGAAAGCGGAAGAGCAUCCGGGGGGACCGCAUAGAGACGGCCACCACAGUGUCCUCGGAACACGAAGGCUGCAACUGGACGUUCGUCUUCGAUCCGUCCGGUCGUCUGUGCUACUGGUGGUCGUCUGUUGUCAGCGUGGCCUUCCUCUACAACUUCUGGGUCAUCAUCUACCGCUACGCCUUCCAGGAGAUCAGUGCGGAGAACAUAGCGGUCUGGUUCACGCUGGAUUACACCGCCGACCUACUCUACGUUCUGGACAUCGCCUUCCACUUUCGCACCGGGUACCUGGAGGACGGGGUGCUGCAGACGGACCCGGUGAAGCUGCGGAUCCACUACACCAACACCACGACAUUUUACAUCGACUGUCUGUGCCUGCUGCCGCUGGACUUCCUGUACCUGUCCAUCGGAUUCUGCUCCAUCCUACGUGGCUUUCGUUUGGUCAAGGUGUACCGCUUCUGGGCCUUCCUGGACCGCACCGAGCGCCACACCAACUACCCCAACGUCAUCCGGGCCACCACGCUGAUGCAUUACGUCAUAGCGCUGUUCCACUGGAACGCCUGCCUGUACUACAUCGUGGCCUUGCGCCUGGACCGUUUGCAGGAGAAAUGGCGGUUCCCCAAGGAGGAGGGCAGCGUGGCGCUGAAGUACCUUCACGCGCUGCACUGGAGCCUCAUCACCUUGACGACGAUCGGCACGCCGCCUGUGCCCAGGACGAUCGGGGAGUAUCUGUUCGUCAUCUUCGAACUCAUCUUCGCUCUCGUCCUCUUCGCCACCUUCCUCGGCCACAUUGCCAACAUCGUCACUAACGUCAGCGCCGCCAGGAAGGAGUUUCAAGCGCGACUGGAUGCUGUGAAAACAUACAUGAACCUCAGAAGGGUGCCGUUAAAACUGCAAGACCGUGUCAUCAAAUGGUUUGACUAUUUGUGGAUGUAACAAUCCACGGAUGAAGACAAAGCUCUGAGCUUGCUGCCUGACAAGCUGAAGGCGGAGAUCGCCAUCCACGUGCACCUGGACACGCUCAAGCGCGUGGAAAUCUUCCAGAACACGGAGGCCGGCUUCCUGUGUGAACUGGUGCUGCGUCUUCGUCCUGUCCUCUUCUCUCCCGGAGAUUAUAUAUGUCGCAAUGGUGAGGUGGGCAAGGAAAUGUACAUUGUAAACAGAGGACGGCUGCACGUGGUUGCGGACAACGGUAAAACGGUUCUGGCCACCCUCAAACCAGGUAGCUACUUUGGUGAGAUCAGUAUUCUCAAUAUGGGCACAGCGGGCAACCGAAGGACAGCCAGUGUCCGGUCCGUGGGCUACUCUGACCUCUUCUGUUUGGCCAAGAAGGACCUGUGGGACGUCCUCAAGGAGUACCCUGCUGCCAGGGUCAAGCUGGAAGCCAUAGCUGUCAAGAGGCUGGCGAAGUACAAGAAGCAGCCCAUAGAGAAAGCACUGGAGCGAAGCAAAAGCACUCCAGGACUCGUAGAGUCUACAGGCAAGGUGCCUCUGGACGCCAAGCUGGUUCAGAGGCAUCAUACACUUCCUGCCGGCUUGCUGUCUACCACGGGAGUUCACUCUACAGACCCCGGUGACGUGGCGGAAGCAGAGAGACUCAGGAAGCUGGAGUCCACGCAAAGCGAAGACAAUCUGCUGUCCAGGUGUGUGGAGAAAAACGAGCGGCGCCUGUCGAGCGAUUCGCAGGCGGGUGGCCAAGUGGUCUGUAACAUGACGACGUCGAUGACCAUCUCCAGCAUCACUUCUUACAACGGCACGCCACCCCUGCGCUCUCCAGCCACCACCAUCGAGACCACCAAGUCCUCUUUCACUCCUCCUUCCUCCCCCAAACAGGUGCUGCAGUCCACGAUGGUGUCCAGCCUGCAGCAACAGGCCCUGCAUCACCAGCAACAGAUGCAGCAGCCCUACCCACCUCACGUCAGCAAUAUCUCAGGGGUUUCGCCACUUCUCGGCGGCGACCAGCGUCAGCUGACGCCCAUGCAUCACAGCCAGCAGCAGAUCUCCUUCCCUCCCUUCCCUCACAGCAGCUUCCCCUACGUCAACACACCUCACGUGCCGGCCAUGACCUACCUAUCCCCCUUUUCUGCUGCCUUGACGUACCCUCCAUCGCCGACACCGGGUAUCCACGCGCCACAUGUACAGGUGUCUCAGGGGGGGCUAGCUGUCGCGGCGGCUCCUCACCUGGGGUCGUCACAGACAAACCUCUUCUCACACUCACCAUUCCCUGGGACCAUGGUUCAAACCCCUACAGGAACUCUCCUGCCCCCUUCACACUCACCCCACGCGGUGUCCCCGCUCAUGGCGCCGCCUGGUGCCAGUCCGCUCAGCCUGGGGUCGCCGGCCAGGGGAGAGAAUCAGGCAGACAUUCUGCUCAAAGAGAUCUCCAGACUGCGUGAGAGACUAGCUCAGCUGGAGGGUGAGAACACCGCCCUGACGGUGAAGCUGAACCAGCAGCAGUGGGACGUGGAGAACCGCCUGAUGGAGCUGGAACUACACCUAGGACAGAGCGACAGCGUCGCCAGCACCGACGUCAGCGACGACCGCUUCGUGACGUCAGCAGGGGACCGCUACGGCGGCGAGAGGUCGGCCGGCCUGCCGUCCGUCCAUGCAACCGUGGUGAACAAGGAGUCGAUCAUCUGAUGCUUCCAGGGCAGAGAUCAAGGUCAUACGUCACGUGCCUCAGAGUCCCAUGAGGCUUGUCGGUGAUUGCCCGGAUCCAACCGGUCUCGGCAGCCGUCACCGAGCUGAUGGCUUGUCACCUUUUCAUGAACAGGAAGUAUGUUUCUGUCACGGACAUGACGUCACAAUGUCAGCGUUACAGAUUCGUGUGUCGCUGACGCGCGAGAGAGAAAGAGGAAGUGGCCCACCUCGUGACCUGGUUGUGUAACCGGAAGUCAAUCCCAGAUAGCUGUGUAGGGUCACAGCCUUGACCUUCCAUUUCCUGCGUCGGGAUGUUCAACUCAUCGUCCAAAGCCUGCAGGCAACUGGUGCUGAGGGGUGCCACAGAAAACGCUCUACUGACUCACUGAAUGACUUUCCAAAGAGUGGGAAAGCGGGUUCCAUUCUGGACCAGAGUGUUCCACGAGUCCAAGGAACCUUCUGUCCACACACCAGGUCGUCAUCCUGCUCCUCGGGAAAGACCCUCGGCUGCCAAAGGAGAGUCUCUUCCACAUCCACUACCUAACCACGGUGAACCACUUGCAGUUACUGUCAGUGGAGCUUCUUAGUUACAGUUUUAUCUUCCAUUGUGCUUUCAAACAAAGCACCUGUUCGUGUGCAUGUUCUGAAAAGUGGCAGGAUUCAUCCUUCUCUACUUUCGCAGGAAACUGGUCUUUCACAAGCAAGAGCUGGCCGACAAAUGACUUCCGACUGCUUGCCGUUCCCAAGACUGUGCUUCGAAACACACUCCUCCUUGAGUAAUUAAUUACUCGGCAGGUCUGACCACCUCAGUCCAGACAGUGACCAAAGGUAGUCACGACAACCAGUGUACAAUCUCACAAAACACCAGAUCAUGAGUUAAGCCUCUUGAUCACGAGUUCUGUCUCUUUGCUGGUGUAAACUGUCCGACAUUGAUUGCCUGUCCGGGUCAGUGUGUGCGGGAAGAACAUUCGGUUAAACAGAAAAUCACCAGAAAAGAAGUAUUUCUGGUUGGAUCGACAACUGAAGCCGGUAAUGGCGAGAAUGGCUAAAGAGAAGCACGUCCACUUAAGCCCUCGGCAAAUGCAACGGACACAUUUCGAUGGCUGGCUUCCUGCAAGUGCUUCUAAAAUGUUAUGUACAUCCUUUGGGCAAAGAGAACUCAGUGGCUAAAACCGACUUUAGCAUUGGCUUUAAUCUUUCUGUAUAGCUGCAUCUUUGCAAUACUUCUGUUUUUCUGUCUGAUCGUUUGAAACAACUUUCUUAUGGUGUGGAAAUGUUUAUCUCGGAACUCAGACCAGACAAAAGAUUUUACUUCAAGACGGUGUCUACAGUAUCCUCCUUCACUCGCGCAUUACCAGAAACUUCUUUACUUUUAUUUGAUUCUCUAGAUUUAUUCAAUGUUUUCCAUCGUAUUAUAUGUUCUUGAUCAUUCCACGUGAUGGUGUGCAGUGUAAUCUCAUUCCAGCUACCUUGUCUCUGCUGCAACAUUCCAGGCCCUGGGCAAACCUCGACAAACACGAUUCUGUUGUGGGUCUUCCGGUGGAUUCUUCUUCAAGUUCGUUUCUCUAUUUUUAACAUUCUCCGAGAAAAUUGUUUCGCAAAGGUGCAGCUGAGGGAGAAGUUUCGGGGACGACUAAUCCAUUUGUGCGGCCGAGAUGGAAUCUUCUCGAGUUGACAAGGGCAAAAAGACCCCCGAUGCUUUCCCAGUUAUUUCCCUUGGCACGAAAAUCUGAUGGAAGAUUGAGCUGGGAACAAAAGAAGAUUUGAGGACAUUAUUGUUGAGGAAGAUAAGGGAGAGGGGAAAAGUCAACAUGGUUCGAAAAUUCAGGAAUUUUUAGGUCAUUUUUUUCUUUUCUCUGUAAUCAAGCGAGUGCAGAGUAGGAACAGUGUCAUUAACAUCUCUUCAUCAAUACCCACAAAACCAUCUCGAGUUGCAAUGAUACAUCUUCGACUGUAGACAUUCCUGUUUGCUCAGAUGAUAGAAAAAGUUCCAAAAGUUCACAUGUCUCCGCUGUUCGCAAUCGCCACCCCGCCCCAAACACGUUGCUAUGGUGACUAUGGCGUGUCUACACCUGAAAUAGCAGAUCCGACCAAACCUAUGCCACAGUCGUGUGAAAUUUAGAUAUCAACUGGUAAUUAUUGGGUAAUGUUCUCACCCGAGUGAUGGCUGCCACCCUGACGUCUAUCGGCAAUCAGAUCCUAAGUAUUGCACCAUUCCGUGACGUCAUAGCUCCUGUCAAAGGUCAAACAGGAGAGGGCAUGCUUCUCAUCAGCGUUGUUUGUAAGUGAAACAUGUUUAGUCCUGUAAAUCUCAUUUUUAAGGGCUCAUGCGAAUGCUUUUAACUUACUUCUGUGGUAGAGUCAGCUCAAUUUACUCCGGAUGAAAAAAGCAGAAGCAGACAGAAACAGCCAUGAUGUCAACUGUCCCCCAACCUUCGCCAAAACUGUCCUCGGGAAUGUAAGCGGAUUGACAAUAUUAAGACGGAAUUCAAGAUUUUAAAAUGCAUUCCGAUCUUUUUAUAAUUAUUUAUCUCAGAAAGAGCACUUCAACUAAUCCAUCCGUGAAACUUUAAAAAAAAAUAGCUUCACAAAUCCUUACAGUGAAGAGUUAAAAAUAAAAU